AUGACUUUCAGUAAACAUUGGCUGGCAAUAGGAAGCCUUGCACUGGAAUACACCCUUCCAGCGCUGGCAAUCCCACAGGGCUCAUUCUCCCCUCAGGCAUCCUAUUCCUCUUUCCAGUACACUCCGGUGACGUCAGAUAUCUACGCGACGCCGUUGCCCUCCUCGCUCUCCUUUUCAACUCCCUACGCUCCUCCGUUCAGUGAAGCCUCUACUUUGCUACCAGACAACCUAACCACGACAACAUACUCAUACAAUCCCGCCAUCACCCCCUCACCGGACGGUCAGCAUGGCCAGAGCGCAUACGCCGCCCUCUGGAAGGACUACUCCUAUACCACAACCCCUCCAUUCACGACCACCGCGUCCGCAACGCCAGUCGCAAAAGCAGAGCUCGUCCUCCCUCCCCAGCUGUACAAUGCUCCUCCGGAUACGGGAUACCGGCUCCCCAAGGAUUUCAUCUGGGGCGUCUCAAGUAGCGCGUGGCAAAUCGAAGGUGGUAUUCAGCUCGAGGGUCGCGGGCCAGGUAGCCUGGAUGAUAUCGGCAAUGCCUUGUCCUCUGAAACGGCCAGCCUGAACGACUCCAAUGUAGCAAACAUGCACUACUUUCUGUACAAGCAAGAUAUCGCUCGUCUUGCCGCCAUCGGCAUCCCAUACUACUCAUUCUCCAUCUCUUGGUCGCGAAUCGUUCCCUUCGGCGUGGCCGGCUCCCCGAUCAACAAGCAAGGCCUAGAUCACUACAACGAUCUCAUCAACACCUGUCUUGAAUAUGGCAUCACACCCAUCGUCACGCUCAAUCACGCCGACAUGCCAACUUCCGUCACUCAGGACAUCGACUCGCUCCCCUCGCACUUCCUCUAUUACGCCAAGGUCGCAAUGACCCACUACAGCGACCGCGUCCCCUACUGGGUGACCUUCAACGAGCCCAACAUCGCCGUCGGCACCCUCUUCGACUCCUACAGCGGCCUGACGCAGAUCCUCCUCGCCCACGCCGACGCCUACAGAUGGUACAAAGACACACUGCGCGGAACGGGCCAAAUCACCAUCAAAUUCGCCAACAACCUGGGCGUGCCUCUUUCAGUACACAACACCUCCCACGUGGCCGCUGCCUCGCGCUACCAGAACUUCCUGCUCGGCAUCCUAUCCAACCCGCUCUUCCUCGGAAAACAAUACCCCGAGGAGACGCUCAAUCGCAACACCAACGGCACCGACCUGACGCCUCUGACAGACGCCCAGAUCGCGCAUGUCCACGGCACCGUCGACUUCUGGUCGUUUGAUCCCUACACUGCGCAAUUCGUCUCCCCGCUCCCAACUCCCCAGGACGAAGACGCCUGCCACGCGAAUUCCUCCCACCCCGCCUGGCCAACGUGCGUGUCGCUGACCAACAUCCAAGCGAACGGCUGGGCAAUGGGCCAGCCCUCCAACGACUACGCGUACAUCGCGCCGCACUGGGUCCGACAGCAGCUCGGGUACGUUUGGAACACGUUCAAGCCGUCAGGGAUAUUGAUCGCCGAAUACGGAUUCAAUCCGUUUGAGGAGAGUAAGCGAUCGCUUGAUGCGCAGCGAUAUGACCUAGAGCGCGCGCUGUACUAUGAGGACUUCCUGCGUGAAACACUGAAGGCUAUGUAUGAGGACGGGGUCAAUGUUAUCGGGGCCCUGGCGUGGUCGUUCCAGGAUAAUAAUGAGUUCGGGCGCUACGGAGAGCAGUAUGGAUUGCAGACUGUGAAUCGGACAGACAGUGCUUUUACGAGGACGUACAAGAGGAGUAUUUUUGAUUAUGUGAGUUUCUUUCACAAGCAUGUUGAGAAGCGAUGA